AUGGCGGCUAAGAUGGAGAUAACUUUGAGCUCGCAGUCCCACAUUCAGGCUUCCUCCAAGCAAGAGAGACAUAUAAUAGCAAAGCUAGAAGAAAAACGGGAGCCCGCUCUGCAAAAAGACUGGCCCGAUCCUGAGCUCUCCCGCCAGAGUUUUAGACGGUUUUGUUAUCAAGAGGUGUCUGGACCCCAAGAGGCGCUCUCCCGUCUCCGGCAGCUCUGCCGUCAGUGGCUGCAGCCUGAGGUGCACACCAAGGAGCAGAUUUUGGAGCUGCUGGUGCUGGAGCAGUUUCUGAACAUCCUGCCUCCGGAGAUCCAGGCUCGGGCCAGGCAUCAAUGUCCAAUGAGCAGCAAGGAGAUUGUGACCCUGGUGGAAGAUUUUUACAGAGCAGCCAAGGGACCAAAGCAGUGGGUGGCUGUUUGUAUGGAGGGCCAGAAGGUGCUCUUGGAGAAAACUGGAUCCCAGCUUGGAGAACAGGAACUGCCAGACUUUCAACUGCAAACUCCUAGCAGAUAUCCCAGGGAGAGCUCUCUGGAGGAGACGUCCCAGGCAGGAUCUCAGGAUCAGCGGAGCCCCCGUCAUUGGGAAAAAUCCCUGCUCCUCCAGGACCCAACCCCCAAAUUGGCUGAGACAGAGGCCUCCAGAAUGAAAAGUGACAACAAGGAAAAUCCACAGCAGGAGGGGGCUAAAGGAGCAAAACCAUGCGCACUGUCAGUGGGCAGACUCAAAGGGAAUGGUCUGCAGAGCCCCGAACCCAGAGGGGCGACUGUGAGUGAGCCCCGGUUGUCACGGAGGCAGGUCAGCCCCCCACGCGCUCAAAAGCCAUUUGCUCACUACCAGAGACAUUGCAGGGAACUGGAAUACAUCAGCGGCCCCCUGAAGAGCCACCCACUGAGAGAGCUGAAGAAAAGCAAGGGAAGCAAAAGAAACCUGAGCAGCCGUUUGCAACGUCUUGGUCACCAGCCGACACGCUCGGCGAAGAAACCUUACAAAUGUGAUGACUGUGGGAAAAGCUUCACGUGGAAUUCAGAGCUGAAGAGACACAAGCGAGUCCACACGGGGGAGAGGCCCUACACGUGCGGAGAGUGUGGGAACUGCUUCGGGCGGCAGUCCACCCUGAAGCUGCACCAGAGGAUCCACACCGGAGAGAAACCCUACCAGUGCGGCCAGUGUGGGAAAAGCUUUCGCCAGAGCUCAAACCUUCACCAGCAUCACAGACUCCACCAUGGGGACUGAAAGCAGGGCUGGGUCCUCUCUGUUCAGAAGAAGGUACUUGCAUUUCUCCUUCCCCUAGCUUGCAUGUAAAUCACAAAGACCGUCUGCGUGACUUACAAGGAAGAAAGCAAGAGAUCCCUGAGGAGUGAUGGCGCCCGUCGGGCUGGUGAGGCGUCGGUCGGGAAAAGGCUGACGGGGGACUUGAUCGUGCACGGGGUCGUGUACGAUGACGGGGGAAGAGAUGGCAGGUCUAGGCAUUGGGUCAGAGAGCACCGGGGUGUCUGUUGGAGAGCGGGGAGUCACUACUGAGGGAGAAUCCGGACGAUCCUGCAGAUGUGCCCCACACCUUGAUGUUAAAUCUCCCCUUGCUGUUUAUUUAUCCUCUAAAUCUGUUCAAGGAUAAAUCCUAUAUAUAGUUAUGCGUUUGCUGUCCUACCAGACAAUCUUUAUC